UGACAUUUAUAGACUCUCUGAUAAAGCUAAGGUAGCGAAGUAGCUCAUUGGCUAACGUCACUGUCGUUGUGUUCUUGUUUCAUGCUAGUUCUUCUUUAAAAUGAUUAGAUUAAGGCAGAAACCAGUGCCAGCGUCCUGUUGGUGUAUGUGAACAUGAGUGUCGCGGGGAAAAGGUCGCGUGCGUCCUGUCUACACUCAGUGUUGUUAACACAGCUCUGCUCUUCCCUGAUUUCCGCUCAUUAGCAUCACCCAUCGCUACUGACCAGCAGAGAUGUACAAGGAAAGGGAAGAGGUGCAGGACGACUGCGGCUCCCGGGAGGAGUGGACGCUGCUGUUCUGGACCUCUCUGGCCGUCAUCGUCCCGGUCAUCAUCACCCUUUGGUGCAGCGCCCAGCGCUCCAAGCGGAAAACGUACAUGAAGGAUUUCUUUCGCAAGAGCAAGCACGGCUGGCACUACACAGACCUGUUCAACAAGCCCACCUACUGCUGCGUCUGCUCCCAGCACAUCCUCCAAGGGGCUUUCUGCGACUGCUGCGGCGUGUGCGCCGACGAGCAGUGCCUGCGCCGGGCCGACCGCAGCCUGCCGUGCAAGGAGAUCAUGGCCCCCUCCAGCCCCGACGGAGCCAUGGAGCACCGCUGGGUCCGCGGAAAUGUCCCCCUCGCCAGUUACUGUGCAGUGUGCAAACAGCAGUGUGGGACCCAGCCAAAGCUCUGCGACUUCAGGUGUGUGUGGUGUCAGACCACAGUGCACGAUGACUGCCUGGACAGCCUGACAGAUGCAGACCAGUGUGACCUGGGCGAGUUCCACAGCCUCAUCAUCCCUCCUCACUACCUCUACUGUGUCAACAAGCUCCGCCGUAGGCACCCUGACGAGUACAGCAAGCUGGCAUCUUCCUGUGGCAGUGGCUGGACUCCAGUGUUGGUCUUGGCUAAUACACGUAGCGGUAACAACAUGGGGGAGGCUCUGCUGGGAGAAUUUCGCACCCUUCUGAAUCCUGUGCAGGUGUUUGACCUGUCUGAGCUGACUCCCUCCAAGGCCCUCCAACUAUGCACCCUGCUGCCCCCCGGCAGUGUCCAGGUGCUGGUGUGUGGGGGUGACGGCACAGUGGGCUGGGUGCUGGAUGCCAUCGACACUAUGAAGCUGAAGGGCCAAGACCAGUUCAUGCCAAGGGUGACCAUCCUGCCCCUGGGGACUGGAAACGACCUUUCCAACACUUUAGGCUGGGGUGCCGGAUAUGCUGGGGAGAUCCCUGUGGAACAGGUUCUCCGUAACAUCCUUGAUGCCGAGGUGGUCAAAAUGGACAGAUGGAAAGUGCAGGUGGCUUCAAAAGGCCUCUACUUUCGCAAACCAAAGGUUCUGUCCAUGAACAACUACUUCUCUGUGGGGCCUGAUGCGCUGAUGGCGCUCAACUUCCACACACACCGUGAGAAAACACCCUCCUUCUUCUCCAGCCGCAUCAUCAACAAGACUGUAUAUUUCCUGUAUGGCACCAAAGAUUGUUUAGUGCAGGAAUGUAAGGAUCUGGAUAAGAGGAUUGAGCUGGAGUUGGAUGGGGAGAGGGUGGCCCUGCCCAGCCUGGAGGGUAUCAUAGUUUGUAACAUUGGCUACUGGGGUGGAGGCUGCAGACUCUGGGAGGGUAUGGGAGAUGAACCCUGCCCCCCCACACGGCUGGAUGAUGGUCUGCUGGAGGUGGUGGGUGUGUUUGGCUCCUUCCACUGUGCUCAGAUCCAGGUCAAGCUGGCCAAUCCUCUGCGGCUGGGACAGGCCCACACUGUCAGGCUGGUUCUCAAGAGCUCCAAGAUGCCCAUGCAGGUGGACGGAGAGCCGUGGGCCCAGGGUCCCUGCACCAUCACCAUCACCCAUAAGACCCAGGCCCUCAUGCUGUACCACAGCGCCGAGCAGACAGAUGAUGACGAUGAUGAAUCCAGCGCCUCUGAGACAGAGAGCCCCACCCCUCACGACUCACCUAGGCCCCCGGGGCCGGGCUCUGCUCGUGCAUGACAGCCUAAACAUCACGUGAUCUGGUGCCCCUCUUAUCUUGAUUUCUGUCUUCUUUCUGCAGCCCGGUCUCUAUUGAUCCCUCAUUUGAAAUAUUACUUGGUCGUCCUCCUAUAAGUUCUCUGAACACACUUUAUCCUCAGAUAACAUUGAUGAGAAUAGGUGUUACAAUUUUCCUGUGUAAUAAUUUUAUGUUUUCAGAGAGCUCACAGGAGUUAGAGUGGUUAGUUUGGAAAUGGGCUGGUGUGAUUAGGUUUUUGGUCUUUAAUCUCUACACUCCCUGUAUACUGUAACCAAGAGCUCAGGCAGUUCCCCCUCCACAGGUGGGACAGUUAGGAGGAGCUAAAUGUUUUGGAGAAAGACUGCUGUGUAUUUGCACUGAUCCCUUGUGCCAUGAAUAUCUAUAGUCAACUAUUUGUAUUUAUUAUACUGUAUUUACAAUUGAGUGCCCAGCGCAGCCCUACAGGUAUCAGUGAGCCAUUUUUAACAAGUUGUCCAGGUUCAAUUGACCAAAUCUACACAAAGCCAUGUCAAAGGCCCUGUCUACAUAUAUACAGAUAUUUUUGAAAACAUACAUUUCCCUUGGUUAUAAAAAAAAGAAUUCUCCACAUGACCUUCAUUUUACAAAAUCUCUCUGUCCACACAAGAACGCAAAAGCAACCCUAAACAAAGUGUACAGGCUAAUGCUACUUUCUUCAAAACACCAAUUUAUGGUCUAAUAACAGUUGAUUUCUGUUAGGUAAAAGGCUGAAAGAGCUCACUCAAACAUAUGAUGGGGCUCUACCUGACUCAGAAUUAUGUUGGUUGAAUCAGAUUUGGCCGUGUAAUUCAAGCAUUGGAUUAUUUGUUCUUUUUUUCCCCAUAUACAGUUUUAAGUUUGAACAGGGCUCAGUGGGAUGCUCAGUGUGACAGCGGCAGUCAUGGAAUAUAGUAAACAGGCUAACUGCGCUAACAAUGGAUCGGAAAUGAGCAACAUUUUUUUAACGACUAGAUAUCAAACAAAAGCCAGAGACUGCGUUGUAUUAAGUAUCUGUGAGCUGUAAAUUCACCACUUCUAAGCAGAAGAGACAAGAUAAAGUUAUCUUGGAGCCUUACAGUGGAAAGUUUCUCCUCCUCUGUGCAGCUGCAUUGUGUCUACAGCUGUCUGUACCAAAGAGUAGAGUCAAAGUCAAGAGUGCUCACUCCGCAGCAAAAUCUCGGGGCCAGAGCGCCCCCAGAAGUACACUGCACAGCACACUGACAAGCAAAAAAAAACAACUGCUCAACUUGGAGCAGUCUGUCGGCUGAGGGGUCUCUCACUGACAGUUUGAAUGUCCAACUUUCAAAGGGCAGCCCCACAUACUAGUUCCCUCUAAUCCUCAUCGAUAACAAUCACACUCUGGAAAGUUUCCAACCAUCUGUUGGUUAGACGGUGCCUGGUCCAAAACGGCUCUGUUUAUCUGUGUAGUGAUACUUGGAAUACUAUGCCCCCACCCCCACCCACACUUAUAAGGUGUUUUAACUAAUCUCUGUUUUAGUGACUUAAACCUCUGUUUGCUUGUGGACGAGGGGACAGCUUAGGGGAAAAUAUCCAUUUUUCCAGAAAUAUCUGUGUAACUAUAGACAGGGCCUAAAUCAGCAGCAGGUGAGGAGGUAGUAAUACAGGAAAGAACAGUACUGUCACAAUGAUUGUGAAGUGGAGGUUUAGGUACAUCCACAGCUUUAUUUGCCAUUUUUUACUCCAGAAAGAGCACAAACACAUUUUCUGAGUGAAAUCUAAACCGCACAGAAUAUCCAUUAUAUCACUCCGUCAGGCUCCUCAUCACAAUGUUGACAUUUUUCUCCUGCAUUUGUGACCCGAGAUAAAGCUUUGAAAUGUGUGUGAAAGCCAAAAGGUAUUUGAAUCCCGAUGGAGUGAGGGGCCCUGUUACAACUGCAGUGUCUCCGUGAUGUCUCAAGUAGCUCGCCAAACUGUUGGAUUGUACUGAGACACAGUCUUGAAACUAUAUUUAACUUUCCUGUGAGAGCUACAGCAAACAGCCUGACUGGUUUUGAAAGUACUGCCAAGUAACUGUUGUUCAGAAGAUUGAUUUUACCUCCAUGUAAAACGUUAGCUUUCCCUCUUCUUUACAUAGUUCCUCCUGUUUACAUAUUUUGUUUUGCACUGUUUUGGCACUUACACUGAUAAAUACCUUACACUGCUUAGGGUGUAGGUUAUAUACAUGAAACCAUAGAGCUGAGCUUUGAUGUUGCUGCCGAAAGUGAUAACUGCUGAUGAGAUUAAGCUGUCCCAUGUUGUUAUUUUACGUUAUUCAAGUCAUCCUCUUGCAUUUAUUCAUUCCUGGUUUACCAAAUAGUCCCCACAUGGUGGCAGACUAGACAGUAUUUUCUGUAGACAGGUUAAGUAGAGUUGGUCUUCUGCUUCAACCUCCACAGUUAAAUAUUUAUACCAUCAGAGUUGCUUGCAUGUACUUCUCUUUGUAGUGUUCAGAUGACAUGGAUCUAGCUGUUGAGUUUUAUUUGUUGCAUCCUUCCUGUUCUCGAAAUAAUGUGUGCAAGAGGUCAUUUGUGUUUCUGUCUAAUAGCCUACGUGUAUGGAAAUUAUUUUAUUCUUUGAGGUGGUCCUGUUUAUUGCAGAAUGGUUGCCUGUUUCUCACAGCCAUAUCAGGAAAGACCGUAGAAUGUUAGUUUAUGCUUUCCUAUGAGCCUGGAGCCAACUUGCUGCUUAUAAGGCUGAACAGGGAUCAGUGUUUUGCCGCGUGAUGCCUAUGCUUUUGGAAUAUGCACCUCCUUAGCAGGUAACCAAGCCUCAUGGUUUCAUCACCCUCUGUUUGGUGAAUGUCUUCUUGCUCAAGGACACCUGACUGACCUUUUACCUUAUUGUCCAUGUUUACCAGUGUUGUGUGUGUCUUGUGUUGCACUGAAUUAGUUUAUAUGUAACUGGUGUUUAUUGGCAGGUUUUUAGCCACGACAGCAGCAUGGCUAUAGUUCAAAACACUGUUUUAUAAUGAAAUACCUCCAUAAGCAUUUGAUGAAUUGUGAUGCAAUUUGGUAUAGAUGUUAAUGGUCCCCUGAGAAUCAGUCCUAAUGAUUUUGUUGACCCUGAAAAUUUAGUUAGCGCCACCAACAGGUCUAAAUCAUGCUUGUCAAACACUUUGCUUCUUGACUCCAAAACUACUAACUGAAUUUCUCUAAGCCUCAGCUGUAGUUUGAGACUAAUGCUAGAUAGCAUGCUAAAUAUUAGCAUAUCCAGAGUUGGACCUAAAUACAGAAGUUGUAUGCAAAACAGCUUAAGCUGUACUUGAAUAUAUUUAUAUUACCAAUCGAUAAAAUAACUGUGUAAUGUGAAAUGGGUCACUGAUAGUGGCGAACCCAGAGGCAGUUAUUACCAACUCUGCAGGCCCCCUCAGAUUUACAGAGCACUUUAGUGUCUUUCAGGUCAUAGCUUGGGUUUUACGGCUCGCAACUUCACAACUUCAAACUUGUUUUCAGCAGCAGCAGGAAGCAGUUUUGAGUAAAAAAAAAAAAAAAAAAGCUCUAAUAGAGUGCCCCAGGAAUGAUUCCUAAAACCUGGAAAUGGGUUAGCAUUUCAGCACUCUGUCUUCAAGUCAGUGGAUUUUUGUGUGGAUGCCUGAAUUAAGACUUACACAUUUUGUUGCAUGACAUAAAAUAUGUCUGUAAAUACCCCAUUUGUGAAUUUUAAAUAUUUUUGUGUCUACAAAAAGGCAGUGGCUAACAAGGGGCUAGAACAAACGGAACCCUGACAAAGCAGCGACUGGCUAGUGGCUAACUAGUGUGCCAGCUUAGCGGCCAAAGAGCCAGACCUUUUCAUCGGGAGAUGCUACUGACCAAAACAGAGUUGAAAAGAGAGUGAAUAUUGUAUUCACAGUUGUAAUGUUGCCAGAAACAUGACUUAAAAUGAAUGCUAAUGUCGCUCUGUCUUUCCUGGAUGUGCAAGAAGGCUUUUGUUUGCUAAUGUAUUAAGCCACACAAUGGUAUAAAGCCAUUACAAGUCAAACAUUAGGGAUGUUCAGCUUGUUGUGGAGUUAUGCCCCCAAGUGGCCAAAGCAAAAAAAGCUGUUUAUGCAGUUUUGAUCCAAUGAAGGUUGACAAUGUUCAGCUAAGCCUGAUAAACUACAUGGGGGAUUAUAAUCCUUUUGUUUUGCACAACAUGGCCAUCUUUUUGGCACCACAAUUAAAAUGUUUUGUGCCACUAGUGUUAAGGAUUUGACAAUAGCAAAGUGAUUUCUCAAUUUUUAAAUCAUCCAACAAAUUUGUUAUCUGGCAUAUAAUGACUAUUACACCUCACAAGGUUGCUAGCGUGGCUAAAAACUUGUACUUGUUUUUUUUCUUGUUAUUAAGGGUGGAGGGACAUGACUUAGUUUUUUUUGUUUGUUUUUUUUAAUUCCCAAUUCAAACCCGUCAGUUUAUUAUUAUUCAUUAAAUCUUGGCAGAUACAGAACAGUAUUUAUAUAGACUUAGUGUAUCAAGGCAAAUUUCACUGUAUUGUGUGCACCAAAUGCUUUCAUUAUUAAUUAAUGUAUAUUUGAAUAUGCUUACU